AUGGAACUGCCGCUCAACCGUGCUAUAGGCUCUCGGAUGAGGGCCGAUCUUGAAAGUGCAGACGAUUAUCGCAGACACAGAAAAAGAGUUGGCAGAGAAUUGUUAGCGUUGAAGAAAGAGUUACUGUUAGUAACAAAAGACACAAGAAACUUUCUGAGCCAUGAUAAGACCAAGAACGUUACCAAGGAAGACUUUGAUAGGGACGAAAGAUACGGUACGGUUUUCCUCUUGAUGGCGGAAAGAGAUUAUUUGUAUGCCAUGGAAAUCAGAGCUAAGCUUGAAGUUGCCAAUGCAGGAGCUUCCUCGUAUAUGAAGUUGAUGAGAACCAGACUUAAGAGAGCCAUUUGUAACUUCAAGAGAAUCUUAGAUAUCUUUGGUAGUUUAUCUGAUUUGAAGAAACUUGAAUACUACAUUUACGGGGCUCUGUUACAGGGACUCUACGCCAUUAUUAGAAAGCAUUGGUCUGUUGCAAUUAAUCUGUACUCAAUUGCCAGAUGUUGUCUAGAUCUUUUACUUGAUAACUUGAGUGAAUCUGCUGACGCUUUUGAUUCAACCAUUUUAACAGAUUUACUUGAAAAUACGGUGAUUCCUUCAACCAAAUUUGCUGUUAUCCAAGAAGGGUUGAAGUCUGCUCUGGUGGAUUUAACUGCCUUGUCUCGGGAAAGAUGCCACGAUAACUUGGUUCCCUAUUUGGUUCCUGCAAUAGAAAUAAUUGAUGAAAAUUAUACAGGUUUCACCUCCUAUGUUGAAGUUGACUUAACACGGUCCGUAAAUUGGAGAGGACAUGAAGCUGUGCUUUAUAAUGACGAAUUGGCAAGGAAAAUCAUGACCAUUAAAGAAAUGUCACACGAUGAUAUGGAUCAAGUAAGUGAUGCUUGGUCAACUGCUCUUGACUUAUUUACUAGUAGUGAAAGUCAAGACGACGAUGACAUUGAGAAGGUUCAAAAUAAUGCGAUUGUUAAGACAUACAUCAACUACAAUCAAUUGUUUGCAAGAUUAAAGAACACAAAUAAUCUUUUGAAUGAUUAUUCCGAUACUUUCACCAAUGGCUCGGGCCUUAGGCAAGCUAAAUGUACUUUCCAAAUCAAGGUUCUUUCAGAUAUGAUAGCCAUUGUUGAACAAGUGAAGGAAUUACCAGGUGUUUACAACGAUGAAGAAUUGUAUGCUUCAUUAGAGCUGUUGGUGAAGUAUUUCAGUGCCAAAAAGUUACUGUUCCACGGUCAAUACUUUGAAGUUAGACGAGAAUUCAAAAAGGCAUUGAAGCUCUACAAUUUAAUUAACAAACAGCUUGACCUCAAAGCUGAUAAUCUCAAAGCUAUCGAUUCGCUACCAUAUCCCGUUGUUUCUGAGUCCACUUUCAAAGCUUUCAUUGCUAGAAUGCAACAAAAACUUCAUGAUACUCACAUUGGUGCAUAUUUACAACACGAAGCAGAACCGCCAGUGAAGACAACAAUCGUGGAGAACAUCAACAGUUACUCUGAUAACAGAGAUUCUUUUGAUUUCAUCUCCUUGCGUCCUAUAUUGAGCAAGCCUGUGUUAUUUGAUAUUGCGUUCAACUACAUUAAUUAUUCUCAAACCGGAACCAAAUCUGCCAUUGUUACACCCAAAGCUACCAAUGAAGCUUCUGUUGCCGAUGAUGAGAAAAAACGUGGUGGAAGUAGUUUUUUCGGUAUUUUCGGAGGUAGAAAUUGA